AUGGCGCAGGUGCUCGUCUCCCGAGGAGCCUUUCAGAGAGGCUCGAAGCUGGUGUUCCUGUCCGGGCGCAUGGGCAGCCUCCAGGACACGGCGUCGGGCGGGAGACCGGACGGGUGCUACGGAUACCGGAUGUCCAAGUGCGCGCUGAACAUGGCCGCGGUGCUUCUGGCGCGGGAGCUGGCCCCGGAGGGCGUUGCGGUGUCCCUCGUGGACCCUGGGAAGGUGGCAACGGGGCUGUCGUCGUUCACCGGGUGCACCGCGGGCGUGGACGGCUGGCAGCACCCGCGCGACGCCGCGGAGGCGUGCAUAGAGCACGUCCUCGCCGGACCCAGCGAGCCGGCGCCUGUCGUCAACGUGCGCCACGACGGGGUGGUGACGGGGUGGUGA